CUCAGGUUUCUCACUGGUAGAAGUCAGUAGAAGCUGUAGUGUGUGUUGAACGUUUGCGAAGAAUCUUGGAUUUAUAUGUAUAUCGUUUCCUUGAAAUAAUGUAAAAAUUGAAAAGUUUAUAUAUUAGAUUGCUCGUUAUACUUGCUCUACUUGUUGUUUAUAGUGAAGUGAUAUCUCUUAUUAGUGGUCAAGAUGAUGUCUGAUCGGAAGGCGGAGUUAGAAAGGAAGAAGGCGAAGCUGCAAGCUAUUAGGGAAGAGAAGGAGAGACGCAGGAGGGAGAAAGAACAGAAGGAUGUAGAAGAAGCUACUGUUCGUGCCGCUGGCACGGACAAGGAUCAGCGUAAAGAGAUAGAUGCAAUGCUGUCUUCUUUGGGUGUAGCGCCAGUGUCAGAUGUGCUCUCUAGUUUGUCUAGUAUGAGCUCGUUGACACCUGAACAGAGUGCUAAUGCUACACCGGACGCCAGCUUACAACCGUCUAGUAUAAAUUCUGCACAGAGUGUAGGACGAAGAAAGAAUCGAGAGCUUACGAUUGUCUCCGUGGCGCACACAAACAUUCCACCAAAAGAACCAGUUGUCUACAGCAAGCAAACGCAAACCAUUCAGACUACGCAUACAUCCCACGACGGACUGUCCACAUCGUCCUCUGCAUACACCAUCUACUCCUCCUGUUCAACAACAACACCAACUCACUCUUGCUCCGCAGGCUACUUUGAGACUGACUGGUGGCGUCCCAGGAAAGGUGGGUCUGCACCAAACUACCUAUCUCAUGCAUUCGACUAUUACGUUUUGACAUUUGAUGAUGGCCAAGCCGAAGAUGAAGAAAAUAGCUUGCCGCACAUGGAUGGUUUCCAGAGUAAACUUCCACCAGGAAUACUCCCUCAUGGAUUACCGCAAGUUAAGGAAGUUCAGCCUGCAGUUACACAGGUAGAGCAAGAGAAAGAGAAAGAGAAGCCUAAAAAAGAAGUACGGGAACUUAGCGAGGAAGAAAAGCAAAUGAUUAUUCUAUCGGAAGAUUUUCAACGAUUUCUCGAUCGCACUAGCAGAAUUGUAGAAAGAGCAUUGAGCGAAUCGGUUGAUAUCUAUACCGAUUAUGCUGGCACUAUGGAUGGCGAAGAUGGAAUGGAUGAGAAGAGUCAUCAACGACUCUGGCUAAAUCGCUCGUUCAUCUGUGAGCGAUGGUCCCGUAAUCGUUGCGUGACCUCCAUGGAUUGGUCGCCGCAGUUCCCCGAGCUUUUAGCAGCUUCGUACAACAACAACGACGACACUCCGAACGAUCCUGACGGUGUAUGCUUAAUCUGGAACACUAAAUUCAAGAAAACAACCCCAGAGUUUAUCUUUCACUGUCAGUCACCCGUUAUGUCUACCACGUUCGCCAGAUUCCAUCCAAACUUGAUCCUGGGCGGCACUUACUCUGGUCAAAUCGUGCUAUGGGACAACCGAGUACAAAAAAGAACUCCCAUACAACGCACCCCCUUAUCUGCCACUGCGCACACCCAUCCAGUAUACUGCUUGAACGUCGUUGGAACGCAAAACGCACAUAAUCUAAUUAGCAUUUCAACAGACGGCAAAUUGUGCUCGUGGAGUCUGGACAUGCUGUCACAACCGCAAGAGGCAUUGGAAUUACAUACGAAGCAAUCGAAAGCAAUCGCCGCUACGUGUUUGGCCUUUCCGCACGGCGAUGUUAACAAUUUCGUCAUGGGAAGUGAGGACGGAACUGUUUACUCGGCCUGCCGGCACGGUAGCCGUGCUGGGUUGACGGAAACGUACGAAGGUCAUCAGGGACCGGUCACUGGCAUUAGCGCACACGCGGUGCAAGGCGGUAUAGACUUUUCCCAUUUAUUCCUGACAUCCUCUCUCGACUGGACUAUCAAACUCUGGAGUUUGAAAGAGAACAAGCCACUCUAUUCUUUCGAGCAUAAUGGUGACUACGUUUAUGACGUUGCUUGGUCUCCAACACACCCGGCGCUGUUCGCUGCUGUUGACGAUUCGGGCAGAUUGGAUUUGUGGAAUUUGAAUCAGGAUACGGAGGUACCCACCGCUAGCGUCAUUGUCGAUGGAUGUCCUGCUCUGAACAGGGUAUCAUGGACGCCAAGCGGGUUGCAUGUUACUGUCGGAGACGAUACUGGUAAAAUAUGGGUGUAUGAUGUCGCUGAGCAUCUAGCUCAUCCAAGAAUUGAUGAAUGGAACAAAUUCUUGUACACGCAACAGGACCUGAAGAACAACAAAGCGGAUGAAGAACUGGAUAAACUUAAUCUUAGUUCUGGGCCGUCUUCGUUAACAUCUAUGACCUCUAUUUCAUCAGUUCCUCUUAGAUAAAAAUUGAUAUAAUUUAAUUUGCUCUAAUUUUUUGUUGCAACUGAUUACACUUGCAAUCGUAUAAAGAGCAACUAAAACUUAUUUAGCUCGUAAUGUGUAACAAAUAAAAUAAAAAUAAAGGCAAUAAGCGAGCAGUUAAUAUAAUAAAGAUGUUAAAAAUUAAUUUAUUAUAUUGUUUGAUAAAAAGGACCGUAUGCGUUUCAAACUCACAGUCUUCUUCAGAGAUGUUAACGUACACAAUUUUAAAAAUAAAAACGCAGAAAAAAAUUAGAAAAAAACAUUAGUUAUUGAACAUUAGUUAUUGAAUCAGUUAGAAUGAGAAUGUCGACAAGAACCUAAUCGUAAAUCAGAACCAUGUAAGAUGUUCGUUGUCGAUAUCAAACAAUUGUAUUCGGAUUCUUCGGUCAAAAAGUAUGUUAUCAAAUGAUCAAUAAUUAAUAGAACGAAUUGGAUGUAGUCAUUUUCCCGUUCUUCGGCGAGAAAAUGGUACAUCCAGAUAUUUUUUUGAUCAUUGAAGUUGCCAAUACAAAGAUGUGUCAGUCAAAAGAUAAAUUUUCCAGAAUUCCAAGCAAGACAAAGGUGAUAUAGAAUCGAAAAUGUAUGCAUUGUACUAAUGAGAAUUUAGCUUUUUGUCUACGACGAGUCGCAAUGUAUGUCAUAAUCAUAUAAGAUAUAAUCUGAGGAGAUUCGGCUGAUAAUUUUACUGGAUGUACUCUAUUGUGAAAGAUUAGUCGCUAAUUUUCUAUUCUUUGUUAAUAGAAGUUAGCUAUAUCAAACAACUCUGCUUUAAAAAUAAACAUAUUAACUUCGAACAUA